UGGAGGUCGGAGGUCGGAGAGGAGAAACUCAGCGCAGUGUCAGUGAGCCAUGGCCGCCACGCUGCUCGCCCGGGCCCGUGGCCCUCUCCGCGGAGCUCUCCGUCCUCGGGACUGGCGGUGGUUACACACUGUCUACCAGUCUGUGGAACUGCCCGAGACACACCAGAUGUUGCGUCAGACGUGCCGGGACUUUGCUGAGAAGGAGCUGUUUCCCAUUGCGGCCCAGGUGGACAAGGAACACCUCUUCCCAGUGGCUCAGGUAAAGAAGAUGGGUGAGCUUGGGCUUCUGGCCAUGGAUGUGCCUGAGGAGCUCUGUGGUGCCGGUCUCGAUUACCUGGCCUAUGCCAUUGCCAUGGAGGAGAUCAGCCGCGGCUGUGCCUCUACUGGAGUCAUCAUGAGUGUCAACAAUUCUCUCUACCUGGGGCCUAUCCUGAAGUUUGGCUCCAAGGAGCAGAAGCAGCAGUGGGUCACUCCUUUCACCAGUGGCGACAAAAUUGGCUGUUUUGCCCUCAGUGAACCAGGCAAUGGCAGCGACGCGGGAGCCGCUUCCACCACUGCCCGGGCAGAGGGUGACUCGUGGGUCCUGAAUGGCACCAAAGCCUGGAUCACCAACUCCUGGGAGGCCUCAGCCGCCGUGGUCUUUGCCAGCACAGACAGAUCCCUGCAGAACAAGGGCAUCAGUGCCUUCCUGGUUCCCAUGCCAACGCCUGGGCUCACGCUGGGGAAGAAGGAAGACAAGCUGGGAAUCCGGGCCUCAUCCACAGCCAACCUCAUCUUUGAGGACUGUCGCAUUCCCAAGGACAACCUGCUGGGGGAGCCGGGGAUGGGCUUCAAGAUAGCCAUGCAAACCCUGGACAUGGGCCGCAUUGGCAUCGCCGCCCAGGCUCUGGGCAUCGCCCAGGCUGCCCUCGAUUGUGCUGUGAACUACGCUGAUACUCGUAUGGCCUUUGGGGCACCCCUCACCAAGCUCCAGGGCAUCCAGUUCAAGUUGGCAGACAUGGCCCUGGCCCUGGAGAGCGCUCGGCUGCUGACCUGGCGUGCUGCCAUGUUGAAGGAUAACAAGAAGCCGUUCACCAAGGAGGCAGCCAUGGCCAAGCUGGCUGCAUCAGAGGCUGCAACUGCCAUCAGCCAUCAGGCCAUCCAGAUCCUGGGCGGCAUGGGCUAUGUGUCAGAGAUGCCGGCUGAGCGGCACUACCGUGAUGCCCGCAUCACUGAGAUCUACGAAGGCACCAGUGAGAUCCAGAGGCUGGUGAUCGCUGGACAACUGCUCAAGAGCUACCGGAGCUGAGCCCUUUUUCAGGGCCCAUCUGCGCUCCACCCGGGAGCUGGGCAGCCUGAGGACCGUGGAAAGGAGGCGGGAACCACAUGGCCUUAACCUUGAUUCCUGGUCAGAGAUUGUGGCAGCUGGGAAGGGGCCAUGCUCUUCAUGACAGGCCCACCCUGACCCCAGCCCUCUGGACUGGCUAGAGAGCUCUCCUGCCCCCCACACCUCUGCCUGCCCCAGAUCAAACUGCCAGAGAAUAAAUCUUGGGGAGAGAGGAGUGGCGAAA